AUGGCUCUGGGGUCGUUGGCGUCAGCAACUCAGCCUCCUUCAACUGAUCCAGUCAGCGGAACUCCAGAGGAUAAAGUCCGCAGCUUCAUUACCAAUAUACUGGAUUCGAUCGUAAAUGAAUUAGCGAGAGUGGACGGAUGCCCAUCAAUCACUCUAAAACGGCGCUCAAAGGAUGCCCGCUUCUUCUUGAAUCCAGAAACAGGGUCUCUGGAUUGUGACACUGCUGAGCCCUCCUGCACCUAUUUCUGGCCUGGCAAAACUGUGCAGGAGGGCUGGAGAUUUGCCAUUCUUCUACGGAUCAUGGGCCAUAUCUCAGAGGCCAUCCACGGUAACUUCAUAAGCUCAAAGCGGGAUAUUUACUAUCUUGACCCAGUAUACUUCGGAUCCCAGAGCGUGGUGGAUCGAUGCAUCGACGACCUUGCUUGCACAAUUGGUGUGGACAGGUCAGCUUUACACGUGGCAGCAGCAGCGAAAGGCCUUGCCGUGGGGAGAUUUAACGUUACUCUCAAUGAUAAUUCUACGAUAGAUGCAGACCUUCACGCUGAGGUUGGUAUGCUUGUUCCUAGGGUGGAGACGGUCAAGAACGUCGAUUUAUCAGCUGUUCGAUGGAUCCUGGUUAUCGAGAAAGAGGCAACAUUUCGCCGCUUGGCAACUGUUAACUACCACAAAACCUCUGCUGCCGGACCAGGCAUCAUGAUAACAGGGAAAGGCUACCCGGACCUCUGCACUCGAGCAUUCCUCCGCUUACUAUCCCAUACCCUUCCCUUGCCAUCGGUAUUGGGAACAUUGCCAUCUUCACCACCCCCUAUUUACAUGUUCGUCGACAGUGACCCGGACGGCAUGGCCAUCAUGUCCACCUAUAAAUACGGUUCAAGGGCGCAGGCUCAUGAAAACAACAAUCUCACCGUCAGCGACAUCCAAUGGUUUGGUCUGCGAUCUUCCGAAGUUGUAUCCAGGUUAGAUGCACACAUACAGGACGAUGACGUUCUAAUACCGCUGACUUUGCGGGACAGAAAGAAAGCGCAAGAUAUGCUGGCGCGAAACCCUGUUUUCGCAGAGGAUGGGCCGGAGCCGACGUGGAGGGCGGAGUUGCAGCACAUGCUUAUGUCGAAUGUCAAGGCGGAGAUCGAGGUGCUGUAUGAGAGGGAGGAAGGAGUAGAGAGGUGGCUGGAUCUGAAGUUGAGAAAGCUUCUUUGA